AUGAAUUGUCAUAUGCGCAGGGAGUGUUGUGGCGUGGGCGCCGUGCUUACGUACCUCAGAAAUUGCGUAGAAAGGCCCUUCAUGUGGCUCAUGCCGCACACCAAGGAAUUGUCAGGUCGAAAGAGAUUACGGGCAAGUCUGUUUUGGCAUAACAUGGAUGGAGAGGUCGGGGAAUUUUGUCGGAACUGCGAAACUUGCGUUCGCCUGCAACCAUUGAGGAAGGAUACACCUGUCCAAUCAACCCCUCUUCCACAACGGUGCUGGGACAAGUGUGCCUUGGAUCUGGUUGGUCCAUUUCCAGGUCAGAUUUACAUUUUGACACUUGUGGAUUAUAAGAGUAAGUGGCCAGAGGCUGUAAUCCUACACAGUGUGUCAUCCAAGAGUAUCAUCAAAGCUCUGGUUGAUAUUUUCUCUCGAUUUGGAAAUUCAGAGGAAGUUGUGACUGAUAAUGGUAGUCAAUUUAUUUCGGGUGAAUUUGAAGAUUUUCUGAAAUCGAAGGGCAUUGCCCACUCACGUUCAUCUCCCUAUUAUCCUAAGGCUAAUGGCCAGGUUGAACGAUUUCAUAGAUACCUAGGACAUGGACUGAGAGCCGCAGAAAUAGAUGGAAUAUCAUGGAUGGAUGCACUGCCAGGCAUCUUACAGGUUUAUCGAGCGACUCCCCAUGCCAGGACAGGUGUCACGCCAGCAAAGUUGUUGUUAAACCGGGAGAUUGUGACAAAUCUUCCUUGUGUCCAGGACACAGAGACGGUGAAUCUUUAG